AAACUCAAAUACAAACACAAUAGGGAUGUAUUUGACAAUGUUCAAACAUUUAAGCACGUGAAUUGGCACAAAGCAUACCUAUAUGUGUAGGGUAAAUAACACACCAAGUUUGGUGUUAUCAAUCACAACUGCUUCCAGUAAAAAAGCUCUGACAUACUCUAUAUUCCAAUUCCCAUUAAGCAUCAUUUCAGCAACCACUACAUUCUGAGAUGCUUCAAUGAUAUUUUGCACCAAAUCAAUCAUAUGAGGGCCAUCCUGGAGCCAAACAUCAAUCCAUAAAUGGGUUCGCAUCUCGUUCUUCACAUUCCAUAUAAUACCCUUUGGCAGCAGGUGAAGCACCUGAAGCACUCCCCUCAAAAGAUUAGAAAUUCGUCAUGUUGUUCGAGGGCUCCAUCCAUCCGCUUUUUGGUGCAGGUACUUGGCAUUAAUCACCCUAGACCAGAGGUUGUCUGCUUCGUGAGUAAACACCAAGCUAUCUUCAGCAUAAAGGCUUCAUUCAUCCUAGUUGCACUGUGAAAACCCAGACCUCCUUCCGAUUUAGGUCUACACAAUGUUCCAAUCGACCAAAUGAAUCUUCCUUCCCUGCUUCGACAUGCCUCAGAUGAAUCCCCGAAUCUUCUUAUCAAUGCACUCUCGCAUAGCAGCUGGUAAGAAGGAGGUUUGCAUCGUGUAUGCCGAUAAAGUCGCUAGUACAGACUGAACUAAUGUUAUACGCGCCGCCAAGGACAUAGAUGCUACUUUUCAGCUAGCCAGUCUAGGAUCAAUCCUGUCAAUACGGUCCACAUAUGUCGCCUUUGAAAUUCGAUCGUGGAUUACCGGGACUCUCAAAUACCGACCAAGGUUCAUGGUUUCCUGGAUAUGAAGAGCAUCACUCCUACUUCUGCAAUCCGUCGCCGAGACAUUCUUAGAGAAAAAUACUCGCGACUUAGGUCUGCUAACUUGUUGCCCCGAAGCAGCCUCCAAGUCUUCGAGAAAAGAUGGAACAAUAGAGGUCCCUUGUGAGACAGCUUAACCGGCUUCCAUUUGCCCUCCUCGACUGUUACACUAAUAAUGUGCCCCAACCGCUCCAUAUAGAGCAUGAAAUGGUAUGGAGAGAGGGGCAUCCUUGUCGAAACCCUCUUGAGGGAAUAAACUCAUCGGUAAGUCCCCAUUCCAUUGAAUCUAAAUGGAUGUCAUCAUGAGGCAGCUCACAGUAAUGUCAAUGAAGCUCGGGGAAUCACCUGUAGCUUCCACAGUAUCUCUCACAAAACUUCAUUUGAUACGGUCGUAGGCCUUCGUAAAUCAAUCUUAAGCACCAUCUAGCCCGUCAUGACCUUUUUCACCCUCAUUGAAUGGACUACUUGCUGCAAAAUAAAAAUGUUAUUAGUAAUAUGUCUCCUGGCACAAAGCUUGUCUGGGUCUCAUGCACUAGCGAAGGCAUGAAUGGCUUCAGUCCUGCGAGGCAUUUGGUGAUAAUCUUAUAUACCACAUUACAGAGACUGAUGGGGCGAAAAUUCUCAAUUAAUGUUGACCUUUGCAACUAAGGAACAAGGGCAAUAACAGUUACAUGAAUAUCCUUAAUUCUCGUAUUAUACCGCUAAAUACUGUAUUAUACCGCUAAAUACCGCUAAAUACCGCUUACCGGAUUUACUUCCGGUAGGAGGUUUUUCAGGUCGAACCGCCGGUACGGUACAGUAUUUUAAUCCUUGGUCAUAAGUGGUUUGGAAUAGAGGGGAAGGCACCUUGGAUCGUGCUAACUAGGAGCCCGUCAUCCAUGUAGAGAGAAGUGAAGAAAUGGCGAGCCAUAUCUAACAAACUGAUCGUAUCGUCCACCCAUUGACCAUCACUUUCCUGCUAAAUGGCAACUAUGUUCCUCCAUCUCCGUUUCAUGGUCCUGGAGUGGAAAUAUUUGGAGUUCCUCUGACCUGAGGUAAUCCAUUCUAGGUUCGAAUUCUGGCACCAAAGGAGCUCCUCCUAUAAUAAGAUCUCCUUCAGCUCAUCGCUCGUGUGCCGCAACACAGUGUUAUCACCAUCAGUACUUGUUUGCAGUUCAAGUAUCUCAAUUUUGGCUAGGAGGCCAUUUUUCUUGCGUAUAAUAAUUCCCAGGGUAUGAGAAUUCCAAACUCUGGCUUCACGGGUGAACUCCUGAAUGAGCUAAGUACAUCGGUGCUCCCCCCCCCCCCCACCCCCCCCCCCCCCCCCCCCCGAUGCUCGCUCCACCAUGGCUUUACAAUAUUCGUGCAACAGCUACGCUGCUAGAAAUUUGAAAGGUUUAGGACCCGCGAGUUGGAAAAACUGGAUUUAGAGACAAUAAUAGUGGUAUGUGAUCACUCUUAAGUCUUAACCUUCGACAAAUGACAAACUACUGUAUAAAGGAAAAGGGAAGAC